GAACGGCUUGUGCACGUGGAAAAGAUCGUGGCAACAUCUGGAGCCUUUGCGGCCGUCUGCCGUGACGGCUCUGUGGUGACUUGGGGCCGCCCCCAAUGCGGGGCGAAUAGCACGAGCGUGCGGUUCCAGCUGCGGGAGAUUGUCGAAGUCU